CGUCCACAGCGGGGAGUUUAGACAGCUGCAGAGGAAGACUCAGAAAUGUAGCAGCAGUAGAGUUAACGCAGAACAACCUGCACUGACAUCGACACUCCUGCAGAGAAGAACACGUUUCAGGAGCAGUGAGUGUUACAGAGGAUAGAUGAGACUAAAUGUGAUACCCACACAUAAGAAAGUCAGCACAGGAGAGUGAUGCGAUGACACCGUGGCAGCUUCUUCGCGCGAGCAGAGCCAACCAGGCGGCUUUGGGUCACCGUAUUCUUCAUGGGGCCGGAGGUUCGGUGCAUUACAGCACAGCUGCUGCUGCGGCUCCGGACAACAGCAGGAGCUUCUGUUUGUCCCGAGAGAAAGUCACCAUGCAGCAGCUGAACUGCAGGCUGGCCUCGUACCUGCAACAGGUUCAGUGUCUGGAGGCAGCCAAUCAGAAGCUGCAGUGUCAGAUCCAAAAGGAGCUGGACAGGAAGUGUCCCAGAGAGCUGAGAGAGCUGGACGGACACCUGAGGACAGUGUCCCUGCUGCAGGACCAGAUCAGUGAAUGUCUCUCGGCCCAGGCUCAGGUGAAGCUGCAGCUGCUCAAUGCAGAGCUCACCAUCUUCAAUCUCAAGUUCAGGUGUGAUAAGGAGUGUGAGCGUCGUGUUUGCUUGGAGGGGGAUCUCAGCAAACUGAGGCUGCUGGAGGAGGAGCUGCAGGUCCACAGACUGCCGGAGCUCCAGUGUCGGCUGAAUGAUCAAACACAACAACUGAUGGAGCUGCAGACGCAACACCAACAGGACAUGCAGGGUCUCUUGGCUCAUGUAUCAGGGGGCGUCUCCGUGGAGAUGCAGCCUACCGAGUCAUUAGACCUGAUCCAGCAGCUGAGACAGACGAGUGUGAUGCCCUUAGAUAAGAACCAGAACGAGUGCUGGUUCAACACCCAGGUACCCGUGUUGAGUUCUCCUGAGGUGACCUACGAGCCAGGGUCAGAGGUCAUCCAGGCCGAGUGGGACGAACUGAGGAGAAGGGCAGCGAGUCUGGAAGAAGAGCUGACGCAACUGCAGGCUCUGAAUGUGGUGUUGGAAGCUUCUGGUCAGGAGCAGAACGAGUCCUUCGUCCAGCAGCUGGAGGUCCUGCAGCAGAGAGCAGACGGUCUAUGCAGAGACCUGGACUCGGUGCUGCAGGCUGUAGGUCAGCAGGCUGCAGACCAUCAGAGCCUGCUGGAUGUCAAGACCAGACUGGAAACCGAGAUACAAGACUACAGGAGGCUGCUGGACGGACUGCGCUCACAGAGCGUCUCAAGUCUUCACCAAAACUCUGCGGUUAACGUCACAUCAUUCUGUGUAACGACCAGCCCCUCUGCCUUCAGGAGAAACAUCUCAGCAAACAAAACAAUCAAUGUUCAGGGAGGAAACCUCAGAAUGAUGGAAGCUCAGGCUGUCUCUAGAGACCACAUUCAUACUGUUGGACAAACACCUUCAGUUGCCCCAGUCUCUGGAACGGUGACCACAGUCCAGCCAAUUGGAGUCCACAGCAAACACCCAAAGAACUCACUAUUAACGUUGAUUAACACUUCAGAUCUCACAGGCUCGUUUCACAAGUCUGAAAACCAGAGAACAGGAGCUCUUCCUGAAAGGUCCGGGAUUGAAUCCAUGACCAUCACCACAACGAUCAGCAGCAGCCCUGAAGAUAAAGUCUACAGUGAAGACCUGCAGCACUCGUUGACUUUUAGUACUCAGAUUAGCAAAGGUUUAGACACAGGAGAUCUUGUCAAAGCUUCUACAUUGGAGACGAUUACUUCACAAGGAACCACCAUGUUGUUUCCUGACACACAAUCAGCCAAGGGUGCUGCUCUUCAGGCAAAACCAGAAACAUUCACUUCCGAACAAACUACGUCAGAAACUAUGGCUAAUAAAACAGAGACAAACAUUCAAACAGUGAUGACCAAAACAAUUCUCUGUGCAGAACAGGAAGUACAGCAAGGAUCACAUGUGAUAACACAUACAACCACAACUGAUCCCAGCAAACCAACCUCUUCAGAGGUAAAGACAGAGACAGAAACCGUCACUUCAUCUCAAAUGAAUUGUACUGAGGGCUCCAUCCAGGCUAAGAACCAGGAUCCUGCACAGAUUAUGUCUUUGAGUCUGGAGACUCCCACAGAAGGUGUUGGGGAUGCAGGGGAAGUUGGCAGUACAGCAUCAUCUGUCUCUGGAUCUGACAUUCUUAGGUCUGAGGACGCUCACCGGAAGGUCCUUGGUGACUUAGCCCUGAUGGAAGACAAGGACAUAGAAAAACAAGAAAAGAAGAAAGAAAAGGAAGAAGUAGACGGUGCCUCACAUGUCCUCAGUUUGGAUCAGAGUUUGGAAGUGUCCUAUGCAUCCAAUACCGAACGCAACAAAGUCAUUCUGGAUGCAGAUACAGGGUCUGGCAUUACAACUGCUUCAUCUGCUAACCACGGCAGCAAUUGCGACCCUGAGAGUAAAACCACUCCUGGAAUGAACUCAUUGGUUCCUGACACACAAUCAGCCAGAAGUGCUGCUGUUCAGUCAAAAACAGAAACCUUUACUUCCAAACAUAAUACCACAGAGGCUGCUUUACAGGCUAAUAAAACAGAGACAAACAUUCAAACAGUGAUGACCAAAACAAUUCUCUGUGCAGAACAGGAAGUACAGCAAGGAUCACAUGUGAUAACACAUACAACCACAGCUGAUCCCAGCAAACCAACUUCUGCAGAGGUAGAGACAGAGACAGAAACCGUCACUUCAUCUCAAAUGAAUUGUACUGAGGGCUCCAUCCAGGCUAAGAACCAGGAUCCUGCACAGAUUAUGUCUUUGAGUCUGGAGACUCCCACAGAAGGUGUUGGGGAUGCAGGGGAAGUUGGCAGUACAGCAUCAUCUGUCUCUGGAUCUCACAUUCUUAGGUCUGAGGACGCUCAGCGUAAGGUCCUUGGUGACUUAGCCCUGAUGGAUGUCAAGGACAUAGAAAAACAAGAAAAGAAGGAAGAAAAGGAAGAAGAAGACGGUGCCUCACAUGUCCUCAGUUUGGAUCAGAGUUUGGCAGUGUCCUAUGCAUCCAAUACCGAACAGCACAAAGUCAUUCUGGAUGCAGAUACAGGGUCUGACAGCCAAGACAGAAACUACAACCCUGAGAGUAAAACUGCUCCUGGAAUGAGCUCAUUGGUUCCUGACACACAAUCAGCCAAGAGUGCUGCUGUUCAGUCAAAAACAGAAACCUUUACUUCCAAACAUUAUACCACAGAGGCUGCUUUACAGGCUAAUAAAACAGAGACAAACAUUCAAACUGUGACCAGAACUCAAGAUGACAGCCUUGAGAGUAAAACUGCAAGUACGGAGAUUUUGAAGAAAGUAGAAUUACAAGUAAACAAAGAGAAAGAAGUCAACAGUUUCCAUGCUAACAAUGAGAUGAAGGUGGAUCUGACUGAGCUGGACAAUGAGACGGUCAAUUUAGCAGGUCAAGAAGAACUGUUGAGUACCGCAGAGUCACCAAAGUCUACAUGUCUAACAGAUUCUGGUGUGGCAGUUAAGGCAGAAGUAUUAAUGAGCAUGACAGAUCAAUUAGUAGCAGACAAAGAGAAACAACUUAGUUCUGUAGGCCAGGACAAAGUUACAGGUAGCACUGCAGAUAACAAGGACGCCCAGAAGCUGAGUGACAGUCCAGGAGACAAGUAUGGCUCAGAAGAGAUUUCCAGUAUGGAGAGUGAAGCGAGGGGACAGAAAAACAGCGAUUGUCAGGCUGCCAACGAGAAAGGUCACAGCAAAAGGGUGUUGAAUGAGUGUGUUAAAUCAGCUAGCUCUGUUAAUGUCCCUGCCAGUAAAGGGACUACCUUUAGUGGUGUGGCUAGUAAUUCACAAGGUACAGUCAGCGGUACAGCAGAAGCUGCCGCUCCAGCCGGGACAAACGUGAAAUUUAGGCAUGACAGCAGAGAGCGGAUAGUUCAUGGGGGCAGUCCGGAAGCAAAGGAACCCCACCAGGGGCCUAACACAGGAAACAAAGGAACCCCAUCAGGGGCCACAAGUCAGAAAGAAACAAGGAGGUUCAGCAGUGGAGGAAGUGGGGAGUGGAUUGUUUAUGGUGGAAGUAUUGGAUGUAAGAACAGUUUGGAUGGUAGCACUAGCUUGCCCAGCGAAGGGAAAGAAGAAGGCCAAUCAGGGGCCACAAACCCUGCAACAGAAACAGGGAGUAGAGGCAAUGGAGAGUCAAUGGUUCUUAGCGGCAGUCUUGGGCAGAAGAGCAACUUAUCCAGGACAAGGAGUGAAGAGAGCCCAUCAGAGGCCAUGCCCCCUUCAACAUGCCUGCCAGAAAAAAGGAAGUUUGGCAGCAGAGGGAGUGGAGAGUGGAGGGUCUAUGGUGGGAGUACAGGACGUAUGAGCAGCUGUGCUCGCAGCAGCAGCUUACCUAAUGUGGAAAGGGAAGAAAUCCCAUCAGAGGUGGUGCAACAACCAACAAGCCCAUCAGGAUCACUGGGAGCAGGGAGGCUUGGUAGUUCAGGGAGUGGAGAGUGGAGAGUUUAUGGUGGGAGCAGUGGACGCUUGAGUAGUGCCAGUAGUGCAGACAGGGUCAGUGUCAGUGCCAAUCAUAAACAAACAAUGAGUCCAACAAGUAGCCACAAAAGUAGUGGAUCAAGACUCGGUAGCGCUGGUAGCGCUGGCAAGCUCAGCUCAAGCAGUGUUGUUAAACGUAGCAGCAGCGUCGGUAGUGGGGGUCAGUUAAGCAGCUCAGGUAGUGGUGGCAGGCUGAGCAGCUCAUCAGGGAGCCUCAGGAUAAGCGGCGAAUGGAAGCCUGUUUACAGCUCAGCUAAUGCACGGAGGAGCAGCGUGGGGAGUGCAGGGCGAUCGAGUGGAGGGGGGACAAUCAGUAGCCAAAAAAGCUCGACCCCCGGGGGUAGGAUGAUUGUCAACAUGGGUAGUAGUGGCUGGCUGAGCAGCUCAGCGGCUGGCGGGAACUGCAUCAGUAGCCCAGGAAGCGGCUCUAAGAUCAGCAGCGCAGGUGGCAGCGACAGAAUCAGCACCCGAGCUGGAGGGAGGAUCAGCAGCUCCUCUGGGUCAGGGAGGACCAAUAGCACGGGCGGGAGGGUCAUCAGCAGCAGUGACCGGCCAGUCAGGAGCACCGGCAGCGGAGCCGGAGGCAGCAAGGACAGAAUCAGCGUUUGUAAAAUGGCGGCACUGUCAAUCUCAGCGGCGGGGAGGGAGAGAAGUCAGGACCAGCAGCGAAAAGCUCGACAGAAACAACCGGCUGGAGGAGCCUCUCCUUUCCUCCAGCGAUGGCUGACCGCAGGUGUCGGGGUCAAGAGUGCAGAUCCUGAUGGCGUUGAGUGACAUCACGAGUCUCUGAUUGGAUAACGGGGGAGGGACGGAGUGACAUCAUGCUUUCAGGCCGAACACACCUGCAACAACAAGAGAACUAGUUUAAUGUCAAACUUCUUCUCAAUGAAGACGUAACAAAUACAACAAAUACUCCAUUACAAGUAAAAGUCCCACAUGAGUAGAAGUACAGAAGUACUGGUCUCUGUGACUGAUCUGCUGUCAGAUUGUGACCAGAUGUGAAUAAGCAGCAUCUGACUGAGUCACUCGAAACUACAGCCGCUGUGAUUGAAGUAAAACUAACAAUAUUCACCAAUAUUUUCUGUUAAAUUCAAACAAUCGAUGGAAAAAGUUCAGCCCAACAUUUUGACUCAGAAUCAGAUUCAGUUUCUUUUCUUCACUUUCUGCCACUCAAAGUCUUUUCUGACAUGCUGUUAAAUUAUGUGGUUUUACACAAGUGUGUUCAAGUUUUACUGAUCUUAUAUGUGGUUUAAACCCCCCCAUAUUCAGCCCGGCGAUGCUUUCAUGGGAUUUCUCUGUAAUGGGUUUAGGUCUCUCUCUCUCUCUCUCUCUCUCUCUCUUUUAAAUCUAAAAAUAAAGAUGAUAAAUGAGCCAUGUCCUGUUGACUUCUUCAACAUUUAAAGAUAAUAAACUUUGUGUACAAGGCAGGAAAAACUCAUUGAAGAAUCUGUUCUCAAGAAUCGAACGUUUUCACAGGAAAAAUCACUUCAACCAUUAAAAUAACAGCUGAUCAUUCAUUAUCUGCCAAUCAGCUGACGACUGAUUGAUAACCAGUAAGUACAGCUGUCAGUUCACAGUUCUUCUCAGUCGCUGGUGCUUUUCUCUCAUCACUCUCUGAACAGUCAGUGCAAACUGCAAAACCUUGUGGAUAACCUGCGAAAGCACAUCACUCACUAAAAAUGGAUAAUUCAUCCCUCAAAAGCGAGUAUUUAUGUCGAUGAAGCUGCCAGUGUCAUCAAAGCUGCAGCCCUCCCCCGGGCGACUGUUCUGUGACCCCCCCCCAAAACUUC